UGUAUGGGAUGCCACCAAGAUGGCGGGAAAGGACUGGCUCACCUCCUUCCUUGAACGCAACAAUACAUUGUCUAUUCGCCGACCUCAAGCCACCAGCAUGUCCCGUUCCACCAGCUUCAAUAAAACAAAUGUGACUGCUUUUUAUAACAACCUGCAGACAGUUCUUGCCCGCUACCUUUUUGAAGCAAAGGACAUUUGGAACGUGGAUGAAACAGGUACCACGACAGUCCAAGUGCCAGAUAAAAUAAUCGCCACCAAGGGGAAGCGCCAGGUCGGUGCAGUGACCUCUGGGGAGAGGGGGACAUUGGUCACCACUGCCCUUGCAGUAAAUGCACAAGGCAAUUGCAUUCCCCCGUACUUCAUCUUUCCCAGGAAGAAGUUCCAGGACCACUUUGUGAGAAAUGGUCCCAUUGGCUCUCAUGGUUCUGCAAAUAGCUCAGGCUGGAUGCAGGAUACAGACUUUCUGGCCUUUCUCCAGCACUUUGCCAGACACACCCGUGUGACCCUGGAGUCAAAGGUGCUUCUCCUCCUCGACAAUCAUUGGUCACACCUUUCUGUGGCAGCAAUUGACUUUUGUCGGUCAAACGGCAUAGUCCUUCUAUCGUUCCCACCCCACUGCUCACAUCGUCUCCAGCCACUUGACAGGAGUGUCUUUGGUCCACUGAAGCGAUAUAUAAACACGGCAGCAGAUCACUGGAUGAGAACACACCCUGGAAAAUCUUUGACCAUCUAUGAAGUUCCAAGCCUAGUGGCCACAGCUCUGCCACGAGCAGCGACACCCAGAAACAUAACGUCUGGCUUUGUGUGCACUGGCAUCUGCCCCUUUAACCCAGAUAUUUUUGAGGAGCAAGACUUUUCACCUGCCUAUGUCACCGACCGCCCUUUUCCUUCACUGGUACCAUGUGGUCCCACACCACAUUCCAACAAACACCCACUUAGCCAGAGCCUGUUUGAGGGAGGGCUGCUGCCAGAGUAUCCUGGUGGUUCAACCAGGGACGCCUGUUUAGAGUCUGCCAUCCCUAACCACCCAGCUGUCUGUUCAGCUGUCCCACUGAAGAAGGGGGAAGAUGUCUGCUUGAUGUCCCAGGGGGGGCGACAGGUACACUACUCUAGGCCUGAGUUCCAGGACUUCUGUCCAGGCAUUCAUUCCAGAAGCUGUACGUCCCUUUCCUAAGGCUGGUCCAAGAAAGGACACAAAACGAAGAGGCAAAAGGAGGUCAACGGCGAUCCUCACGGACUCUCCGGUGAGGGCAGCUCUGGAGGAGGAGCAAAAGAAGAGGAUCCAGAAGAAGCCGUCCGCUCCAAAGGAAAGGAUCCACAC